CAGAUCUACUCCCCCUUUACUCUACGCGUUCACUCUCUUUAUCUCUAUCUCUCUCCCUACACCACCACCACCACCACUACCACCACCACCACCACCAUCAACAUCAACAACAAUAGGCCUACGAGCAUCAACUUAACCACGUGCGCCCUUAACAACUAUCACAACAACAACAACAACAACAAAAACAACAUAUUCGGGUUAAGUCAACGUAACGAUUUGAUGGAAGCGCAGCGGCGAGGGAAUGAAAAGAAAACGUGAAAGAUGUCAAUGAAAAUAUAUGAGAAGGAAAAGAAAAAUAUGUGCUGAUGACGUAAGGUUGUGAGGAAGGAAAAGAAAGAAGCUGCAAAAAAAGACAGAAAAAGGAACGAAGCUACAGAAAAAGACAGAAACUAACGAAGCUACAGAAAAAAACAAAAAUAACGAAGCUACAGAAAAAAACAGAAAAAGGAACGAAGCUACAGAAAAGACAGUAAAGGACGAAGCUACAGAAAAAGACAGAAAAAUAACGAAGCUACAGAAAAUACAAUAAUCAGAAACUCGCAUGAUUGGAAACUAAGUGAAAAAGCAGAAGGAACAUGAGCGAGUGAAAACGAGAACAAAACAAGAAAAAAAUAAGUAAGAAAAAGUAAAGUAAGUAAGAAAAGAAAAAAAAUAGGGAAAAACGGAGUAGACGAAUAAAAAAAUAUCACGAUUGCACCAAAAAAAAAAAAAGAUUAAACGAAAUUCAGUAAAAAACAACUUUAUUAUAACACCCCCCAAAAAAACAUCCAAUAUAGAAAACCCAAAAUUAACGUCGAUUUGAACGAAAAAAUUGAAUGAAGUGAAGUCGAACCAAAAGGCAACAGGUUAAAGCAAGAGGAAAAAGACUGAAGCAAGAGUUAAGAGGGUGAACCAAGAGGAAAGAGACUGAAGCAAGAGACCAGAGGACGAACCAAGAGUCAAGAGGCAGCCAUGACGUCAGGAGGGGAUGCCAAGAGUAAGAGGGACAGAAGGAAGUCGACGGUCAACGCGAACAACCCUCAGGCGGCGGUGGAGGAGGAGCUCGCAUCCACCAACCCCAACCAAAGGAACUGGCGGGGCAUCAUCAUCGCUGUGCUGGUCAUCUGCUUCGUCCUGGGCAUGAUAGUGACCUCCGUGCUGCUGCUAACGCCACCUGACGACGGGCCGAGAGUCAAAGGAAGAAGAUUCGAGUUAGAUGACAUAUUAGGGGACGACUUUAAGAUACACACGUUUAAUGGGACUUGGGUGACAGACAACAAGCUCGUGUACAAGGACCCGGCCGGCGGUCUCUCGGUCUUCGACGCAGAGACGCUUACCUCCAGAGUCCUCGUGUCCAACAUCACCUUCAGGCAGCUCAAUGUGGCUCACUUCAGCGCCUCCCCUGACCUGCAAUACGUCCUGCUGGCUGAACACGUGGAGAAGGUGUUCCGCUACUCCUUCAAGGCCAAGUACUACAUCUACAACUGCCAGACACAGAACCAUGCCAAGCUGUCGCCGUCGCCGGAGGACCGAGGCCACCCGCCGCUGCUGCUGGCCCGCUGGGCGCCGCGCAGCACCGCCAUCAUCAUGGUGGAUGACCACUACAACAUCGUGUACCGGCCCACGGUGGACAAGGACACGGUGCACCGCCUCACCAACACCGGCAAACCUGGCCUCAUCUACAACGGCGUGCCGGACUGGGUGUACGAGGAGGAGAUCCUGGACAGCAACAGCGCCCUCUGGUUCUCCCCUGACGGCACCAAGCUGGCCUAUGCCUCGCUCAACGACACGCUGGUGGGGACGGUGGCCGUCCCGCACUACGGCGCCCACCAACAGUACCCGACCAUGUACAACCUCAGAUACCCAAAGCCCGGCCAGGAGAACCCGAAGGUCACGCUGUGGGUGAUUGAUCUCACUAGCCUGAGGCCAAUCAUGCCGCGUGACCUCAAGCCGCCGAACGUGGUCAAAGACCAGUUAGUGCACUCCGCAGUGUGGGACCACUACUUCACGGCUCUCACCUGGGUGGACAACAGCGCCGUCAGCGUCGUGUGGAUGAACAGGGCACAGAACACCUCGGUCAUCACCCUCUGCCAGCCGCCGCUCUACUACUGCGAGACGACGCACAGAGAGCAGUCAGGCGGGCGAGGCUGGGUGGAAUUGUACGACGCGCCCAUCUUCUCGCAGGACGGCCAAAGCUUCCUGGUCCGCCUGCCCGUGAGGAAUGGCAACCAGGGGGAGUUCAAGCACGUCAACCUGUACAACGUCCGCAUGCACCAGGUCAUCCCCAUCACCCACGGCGCCUACGAGGUCACGGAGAUCCUCGGCUGGGACCAGACCAACAACUACAUUUACUACAUAGCCACGAUGGAAGAGAAGCCGGGAGAACGCCACCUCUUCCGCACCUCCGACGUCACCUCCCCCAUGAUGAUGAUGCCGGACUGCCUCUCCUGCCUCGAGGCCGACAACAAGACGGACACCUGCCUCUACAACCGCGCCCACUUCUCCACCGACUUCAGCUACUACGUGCUGGAGUGCCAGGGCCCAGACGUGCCUCGUGCCUACCUCUUCUCGACGGCGUGGAGUAAUCAGAGCGGUGAGAAGGUCGAGGCGAGCGGCAUCAAGGGGCACACGGCCAUGACCAAGCCGCCAAGGCUGAUCUACACGCUAGAUAACUACAGUGAGCUCCGGGAACGCGUGGAGGAGAUGGCCCUGCCGCAGACCCAGGCCUUCCGCGUGGAGCUGGAGGGUGACGACACCUACACCUACCACGUGCAGCUCCUCCUUCCCCCGGGCUUCAGGGAUGACGAAAUUACCACCUAUCCCAUGGUCGUCCACGCGUACGCGGCGCCGGGCUCUCAGGCGGUGAACUCCAAGAUGACGUUCUCGUGGGGUACUUAUCUGGCCUCGAAGAAAAACAUUAUCUACGCUAUGAUUGACGGGCGCGGCUCGGGAUUCCAGGGAGACAAGAUCAAGCGAGAGGUGUACCACGAGCUGGGCGGCAAGGAGGUGGACGACCAGGUGGCGGUGGCUCGUUACCUGCGGGACAACCUUCACUUCGUCGACCCGCGCCGCAUCGCCAUCUGGGGCUGGAGCUACGGCGGCUACGUGACCACCAUGGCCCUGGCGCGCGAUGCUGAUGACGUGUUCUCCUGCGGCAUGGCGGUGGCCCCCGUGGCGCGCUGGGAACACUACGACUCGGUGUAUACGGAGCGGUACAUGGGCUCCCCGGAGGUGUAUCCCGGCAGCAACUACAAGGGCUACGAGGCCGCCGACGCUACCAAGGUGGUGGGCAACCUGAAGGGCAAGAUGUUCCUGCUGAUGCACGGGACGGCGGACGACAAUGUGCACUACCGUCACUCCAUGAUGCUGGCCAAGGCGCUGGUGGACGAGGGCGUACUGUUCCAGCAGAUGACGUACGCCGACGAGAACCACGGACUGACGGACGUGAGGGAGCAUCUGUACCGCACGCUGGACAAGUUCCUCGCCGACUGUUACCGCCCCACCAUCCGGGAACUCUACUUCCUCAUCAAGAAGAAGAAGAAGGACGUCGAGGAGAUCGGGUAUCUGUAAGGCAGGGAGGCUCGGGCGCGGCGGAAGACCAGAGGAAAGGAACAGGACGCUCAGGGAGGCUUGAGAGACAGACGCCCUCCUCUUCCUCCUCCUUCUUCUCCUCCUCCUCUUCCUCAUUCACUCCCAUCUCUCCUUUCUCUCCCUCCACUCACAAUCUUCAUCGCUCCUCUGAUCGCCUCCACGACAAUAUUGUUUUCGUUUCUAGUGUGAGAUCGUUCUUUACGACGGUACUUCUUCAUCUGUUGACUCGGACGAACAGUGUCGCUUCGCCCGUGAUGGCCUGGACGGACGGGCGGCUUUGACUCCUGACGGUCCGUGAAAAAUUCCUAGUCUACAUCAGAACAGCGUAAUAGUGUGAACGAAGUUAUUUUAGCGUAUACGUAAUCUAAUCUACCGUGUUAGGGGAUACAUAAGAUGCGUACGUGUAUAUUUUUUAGUCUAGUUUGGGAGGCUAAAAAAUCCGUGUGAGGGAGUCAAUCAGCACACACACACACACACACACACACACAUACACACACAUGGAGUCACUCAUCACAGCAUCAUCACUUUCAUGAUUUCCGAUAUGACCAUAAUUUGACCUCGUGCAGCUCCUUGUUACACCUAAAACAGAGGUAACAGACAGCGCAGUAUUUCACCAGCAAAGAGACACAACUAUAGGCCUACAAACUGUGGGAACUCGAUCUUAUCUAACAGUAAAAAUGGCAGGUACUGGAUACUGUAUAGCCCUUACGAGCCUUCAAUAUUGGUAUGUGGAAUAAUCUGACGUAAUAAAUAGACAUUCCACCUUCACAUAACGAAAUCCACAUCCCAUGCAGAGUGAGGUAGGUGGGGUUGUGGAAAGGUCAGCCUAAGAUUGAAGUGUUCCGGUAUGAUUCACGUAUUUCAGUCUGGCUUUGUUCCGCUAUCCUGAUUUGUACAUAGAGAUUUCUACCCCUCGAGUGUGAAGAGAAGUGGACUUGAUAUUACUCGUGGAGGUCCAGAAUAGCUUGGUGGAGGAGGAGGAUGGCGCUGGUGGCUCCCUCUGGCUCCCUUCCCCUCGACUAGAAGGAAUGGAUCCGCCUCCUUGGUUUGAAGCAUUUUUACGAUAAAUAUGUACUUAGUAGUGCCUCCCUAACAUUUAUUAUCGCACAAUAUUAAUAAUCACGCAGUUCUUACGCGUUAUUGUACAUUGCUCUUUUUCUACAGUGAAGUGCACUCUUGUUCGGCUUUUUAUGCUCUCUUUUACGGUUCUUGCACAAUACAUUACAAACAAAAAGAAGUCAAAUGUACACUCAGGACGUACACUGGGAUUACCAUUAAUUAUAAGUAAGAUCAGUAACCUUAAAAUGCAAACGUUGUAAGAAAAAAAAAAGAAAGGUUGUAGCCUAUUAUUAUGAUUAUUGCCUACAUUUGGUUUUGUUUCCCCUGAGGAUGUACACUGGGAUGACCAUUGAUUGUGGGAAAGAUCAGUUACUUUGAUGCACACGUUUAUAACAAGGAAAAUGUGGAAAAUGCGAGAGAAGAAAUUAAAGGAGCUUAAGUUUGUGCGCCGUUGGAAAGGCAGACUCAACUGUGAAUCUGUUUUGGUCAGCUGUUGAGACUUGACACGUGGAGAACCCAAACAUUGAAACAUUGAAAGUGAUGUAAUACUGAAAAGGAAAGUGUGAAUAAGAAAACCGAAAAGAGGAACGAGAGGAGGACCUAAGAAGCGAUACAAAGCGUUACAGGUCAAAAAGAAGAAGAGGAAAAGGAAAAGAAGAAUAAAUAUUUACUCAACAAGGACUUCAGAGUGGGAGCCGUCACAAUUAGGCUUCUCCCACGCCUACUACUGGACUGGACCCGGGAAAGUGCCAAGGUUGAGCCCAAAUAGUACUGACGGGACCCACUGCUCUCUCCUGGUAAGCCUGAAACUACCCCCACCUGUUGAGGGCAGCGGAAAUUAUGUUUAUAAAUAGUUCUUGUCUGAUUGAUUAGGUAAAGAAUCAUUUGAGUACCGUGCCAGUAUUUCAUUACCUAGAAAAGAUAUAUAAAGAGCUAGCGAUGUUUCAUAAGGUAGGUAAUGAAAUACUGGCAUGGAACUAAAACGAAUCUUAACCAUUGAUUAUAUUUAUUUAUUGAUAGGUUACUACUUUGGUGGUAAUAGGUUACUAUCCGCUCAGUUGCAUUAGCGGCGUAACCUAACAAGAAAGGUAGACGUUUGCGACAGAAAUGAGGUACAAAAUCAUGCUAUACACACAAUUAUCACCAGAAAAACAUGAACCACGUAAGAAAAUCGAUGGUUGGGUGAAACUGUAAAUUGUCCGACUUAUUUGCUAAACUGCUCAGGAAAUAACUACUUAUGAUCAAAUAACUUACCAAGCUGCGGCGUUUUGGAGUACACAAGAAGGAGGCUCUAAAGUUGUGCACUGAGGUGUGUUUUAUGCCUACUUAUACAGAUAUUUAGUUUGUCAGUCAUUCCUAAUUUACAGGAAAGGAAAUAUUCAAGUAAGAAGGUCAUGGGGUUGUGUUUCCUUGGGGCCUCAAACACCAGACACAGUAGUAUCAACCCAGGCAUUGUGUGUUAAGCUACAGCAUUCUGGUCUUAAUGUGUUUGGUUUGUAAAGUUUUAAUACUUGAAGGGUUAACACCAUUGGAAAGUUGCCAUCAGGUAAAAACUGGGAUGACAGUGUUUUGGGGGGGGAGAUGUUGAGUCCACAGUGGUUAUCACAUAGGUAUUGUGUGUUGAGCUGCUGGGUUCUCAUUCAAUUGUCAGUUCAUUAUCAUGUAUGCUUUAACAUCUGAUGAUUUGUUAUCUUAAUUUUGCCCUCAAAGAAUCUGAAACAGAUAAUUCAUCAUAAGCAGUGGUGGUCAGUUUUAAAGAAAUCCUGAAUAUGUAGCUUUUUGGGUGUUCAUAGUCAGAACAGAUAAAAUAUUUCUAGUUACAUUGAAGGCUAAAGACAAACAAUAACAUCAACACAAACGAACUAACUAACCAAUUACAUCCAUCACAUUUAGCAUCAUGUUUUUAUUUUAAGUACGUAUAUCAAGUAUUUUUGCAUUACAUUUUUUUUGUAUGUAUGUAUCUUUGUAAAACAUUUUUGGGUUAAUUCGUCUGAUGCCAAAUCUCACAUUUAAGCUACUUGUUCCUACCAUUCAAGCCAUAGAACUACAAUCCCUUCCCCAUUCAAACUUGUUUAUUUGUGUUGACAUUUGACUCCAUAGUGUCUGAUAAUUUUAAAACCCUUAAUCCCAUCUAUGUUCUUGAAGGCUCAUUACUAAAACACAUGGUAACAGGACCUUAAUACUCAAUGUUAAACCUUUGUUCUCAAUAACAGCUCGUAUGCCAUAUUAUAUUCAAACUGUUGAUGUAUGCCAUGACUUAGUGUAUAGGUCUUUCCAGUUGUGCAGUUACUUGGAUCUUAGAAUGCUUUUUGUCAAUUUUAUGCAUAUUUUUUUAACAUCUUUCCAUCACAGGGUUAAGUUGUUGUCCAGCUUCUAGUCAGUUUUCACACGUAAUAAUACAGGUCUACCAAAGCCUUAUUGAGCAAGGUCAUAGUGUAAUGUAAUGAUCCACUGUGUAUAAACAUUUCCCAGUUUGUGUCACAUUUACGGUAUAUUUUUCAUUCUGCUUAUUAAAGUGCUGCUUUGUUCAUGAUAACCUCUUAAGUUACAUACAAUGCUCAACACAAACCAGAAAGUAGCAAAGUUGAGCACACAUUAUUAAUAAGUCAAGGAGUAAUCAGUAUCAUGUAGUGUGGGUCAUAUAAAUUCUUUUUGGAACAUCUCACAAUGUCAAGUUGUAUUACAUUAAAUUCACUUCCUCCCUAUUAGUUACCGCUCCUGUUUGUCAAAAGAGAAAACCAAAGAUACUUUUGCAGAUCAUAUUCAGCUUAGUCUCAUACACUGAUAGUAUGGUAGUCAAACUUUGUGACUGGGAUGCAAUUUGCUUAUACCUUGUGACAGCCACUUUAACAAAAUGAUUUUUCUGUUUACAGUAAAAGUCCAAUAAUCCAAAUGUCAGUGGACUGAAGGUCACUGAGUUAUCGAAUGGUUCGGAGGGACCCACAAAAACAUAUGUUAUAUUUACAUAAUCAGAAAAAGACAUGGUGUGUAUUAUUACUCACCACUAAUGCACAAAAAUGCAGAGCAACAGUGUUAGGAAGGAAAAUCCAUACAAAGAGAGUCAAUCCAGAGGUAAAAAGGGCACAAAAUAGUAGAGCAGGUCUAUGAAAAUGCCAGGAAAAAGGAGGUGCUAUAACUAUAAGAAUGGUGAACACCUCCGACAACCAAGCAAGUCUAGCCGAGGCUGCCUGAGUGCUCUACUUUUGCCAAAUCUAUUCACUUCACUCAUAAUAUUUUUACCUAAUUUCAAUACCAUGCAAAAUUCCUUAACCUACUACUGUAGCCUACCUGUCACUUUCUUGAGCACUUUCACGUGUCCUCACACAUCAGCUCAAAAAUAUCACUUGUAAUGGGUGUGGAAGCUAUGGUUUUGGCAUAAAGGCCUCAAAAUCAGCUGAAUAUUUGGCUGUCAACACCUAGACUAAAUUUAAAUCUCCUGAGUCUCUUGUUUCUUGUCUCCACUGCUUGGCACUGCUCGGCCCAUUUGGCCCCUCAUUUGUUUAUUUUAUUAUUUUUCAUUUUUGGAAUAUUUAUUAACCACUAUGAAAUAUUCAGACCAUUGUGAUUUUCAGAUUAUGUAUGUUUGGAUUAAUGAACUUUUACUGUACGUAUGUGAAUUUCUUUUUCAUUUGUAUAACUCCAGGACUUGGAUGUAUUUUCACAGUUACAAUUUUAUUCUCCAUAAUACUCAUAAGCAUAAUUUUUAGACAAUAAUUCAUGUGUUCAGUGCGGUGUCUUAUGUUAGUUGUGUUGUGGAUUCAUGAACCAGCUUGUGGAAGACUGGAAAGUAAUAUCUUGUCUUGGAAAUCCAUUUUCGUUGAGUUUGGUGAGGGUCUUCAGAUUCUUGGAGGAUCAGCAUUGUUGAAAAAAGUGACCCAUUUCAGUGCAUUAUGCUUAAUAAUGACAAAGAGAUAUUCAAAACUGAGUGAUUGAAUAUGUGCACUUAUAGACCUUGAUAUACUAAUGCUCCAAUCUGGUAAGCUUUGAUGGAUAAGUAUUGUACUACUUAAUUAACUAAUUAAGAUACUUUAUCCUCUAGUGGAUGAAAAAAAUCUUCAUGGUUCCAUAGAACUGUAAUAAUAAUACUCAUGCUGAUUAAAGUCAUCAGAACAGUCUUAAUGGAAAUGUUUGUGCUAAUGUUUUGUAUGUUUUUUUUCUUUGUGGCAAAACAGGUUCCUUUGUGUUGUACUGGAGUAACAAAAUUGAUAAUGCCUGGGAUUUACUGUUCAAUAUUUACACAUUUUAUUAAUCUGCAGAAAUAACUGAGACCAUGAUAGUGAUGCAGUGUCUUGCUGUUUGUUUGGUGGGGGUCACAGGAGCAUAUGAUUGUUUGAGGAAGGUGUUGGUGUGUGUUUUGCUAGGGUGGGGGGAUUGGAGUGGUAUCAUGACACAGUGGUGUGCAGGAGGCAAGCCUCAGCCUGUGUUGCUGUUUUAUUACACGAGACCUACAUCAGGAAAUCUUGGUCAUGGGCUGCACCACGAAGCAUCAUCCAUUAAUGUACUUGUUUAUGACCCAAUUGAUUUGA